AGCAGUGCGCCGUGAGCCUCGGUGCCGCGCGGACCGCCCGUCCGGCACGCCAUGACCAUCUCACAGAUCCAGCGCAGCUCGACGGGCCGCGGCCCGGCCGGCAAGCCGCCGCCGCCCGAGCACCUGACCAAGCCGCCGUCCAGCGGCGCGCCGCGGCCCGUGCCGACCCCCGAGGUACCCCGGCGCCGUGCCCCGACCUCCGGCGGCGGCGCCGGCCUCUGCGGCCUGCAGAGCUGCUUCUGUCAGCGGGCAUCCAAAGAGCGCGCCUCCAGCGGCAAGAGACCCGAGAGCACAGCCUCUGCCGCCUCCGACGCCUCUCCGAGCCGCCCGGCCGACUCGGGCCUGCAGCUCUUCUCCCGCAGCAGCUCCGGCUAUGACUCCCUGCGCUCCCGCAGCGGAGCUGGAUACGACUCAUUCCGCUCCCGCGGCGGAACCGGCUACGACUCUCUUCGCUCGCGCAGUGGCAUCGGCUACGAUUCGCUUCGCUCUCGCAGCGGAGCGGGCAGCCUGCGUCUGACGGCCCGUGAGCGCGAGGAACGUGGUCUGAAGACGCCGAGCGUCGCCUCCUCGCAGAGCCGCUCCCAGAAGGAGCCGUGGCUGCCGCCGUCACCGCGGCCGAGCAGCCGCGACUCCUGGAGCAGCCACGCGCGUCAGGCAGGCCGCGACUCGUGGGGAUCGGACGCCUCCAUCGGCUCGGUGGGCUCUUCGACCCGCACCACCCGCGAGCCCAUCUGGGCCUACAACUGGGACGGCCGCUCUGACGGCCGCGGAGACACGCUCUCCAGCCGCGGAGACACCAUCUCCAGUCGAGGCGACGCCACGCCUCUGAAGGAGACGCGCUGGCGAGACUCGGUGGCCGCCUGGAAGAACAGCGCCUUCUUCUCGUGGCACCGUCCGUCUGCCGAGGUCGGCUGGUCGCCGGCGGCCUCCCCGCGUCGACCGGCCGCCGCUUCCGACGCGUCUCCGGCCACCCAGCGCCGCGCCGCCCGCCAGCACCGACCGGAGCGGCCCCGCCAGCCGAGCCGGCCGUCCAGCGACGCCGGCUGUCUGUCGGGCCGGCGGCGGCACUCGUCUAGUCCUUCCUCGGUGCAGCGGCGCAAUCGACACAAACUGAGUCAUCGUCUGCGGCAGGACAGCUACGGACGCCGUCAGGACAGCUGCGGCAGCCGUCAGGACAGCUGCAGCAGUCAGGUGUCGCAGGACCACGUAGAAGAUGAUGAGGACGGGCACCUCAUCUACCGCAAUGGGGACGUCAUCCAGAGCAGAUAUCGGAUUCUGUCCACGCUCGGUGAGGGCACGUUCGGCAAGGUCGUCAAAGUCAAGGAUCUCGAAAAAGACAGGGUGAUAGCGUUGAAGGUGAUUAAGAACGUGGACAAAUACCGCGAGGCAGCCAAGCUGGAGAUCAACGUACUGGAGAAACUCAACGACAAGGACCCAUACGGCAGGCACCGGUGUGUGCUGAUGUUGGAGUGGUUUGACUACGGCGGACACAUCUGCAUCGCUUUCGAGAUACUCGGACUCAGCGUGUUCGAUUUCAUGAAGGAGAACAGCUACCAGCCGUACCCGCUGACCCAGGUGCGCCACAUCGGCCUGCAGCUGUGCCGAUCCGUGGCGUUCAUGCACGACACGCGGCUGACGCACACCGACCUCAAACCGGAGAACAUUCUGUUCGUCAACUCCGACUACGACGUCACCUACAGCCCGAGAAAGAAACGGGACGUACGCGUGGUGCGGAGCUCGGACAUUCGUCUGAUCGACUUCGGGAGUGCCACCUUCGACCAUGAGCACCACAGCACGGUGGUGUCGACACGGCACUACCGGGCGCCCGAGGUGCUGCUUGAGCUGGGCUGGUCACAGCCGUGCGACGUCUGGAGUAUUGGCUGCAUCCUGUUCGAGCUGUAUCUGGGCCUGACGCUGUUCCAGACGCACGACAACCGCGAACAUCUGGCCAUGAUGGAGCGCAUCCUCGGCCCAAUACCGUACAGAAUGAGCCAGCGCUCCAAGACCAAGUACUUUUAUCGGGGACGGCUCGACUGGGACGAGAAGAGCUCGGCGGCCCGCUACGUCCGAGAGAACUGCAAACCACUCCGGCGGUACAUGCAGAGCUCUGACCCGGAGCACGUGCAGCUGUUUGACCUGAUCCAGAGGAUGCUGGAGUAUGAACCCAGUCAGCGGAUCACGCUGCGUGACGCCAUCCGACACCCGUUCUUCGCCAAGCUGGAGGAGGGCCGACGGGUGAACGGCUACCAGUGAGCCGGCGGCGCCCGUCCAGGUCACUCCGGCGCGCCCGUGCUCCCCUGAACGUCCCGACACUCCGAAACUUCCGCCGGUGACGACGGCUGAUCAUCUGUGCGACGCAGAACGCACUCUUCGAGAGCGCAAAACGAAAGGCUUCCGUGAGCUGGUCAGGAUAUGUGAUAGCUCUGAGUGGCAAUGUCUGAGAGCAAGAGGAGAGGCAAAGUGUUCUAUGACUGUAUCUGCGGUUCUAUUGGGCGUCUUCCAUUCGUGCGGGCUCCCAGUCGGUGGCGGGCGAGAGGUGACGGUCCGUGUCGGACGGAGUGCCCCACGGACGGACGGUCAGCGGCCUUUCUGCGCUCCAGUGGCGCCCCGACAGUGAUAAAUGUAGAUAACUGCGCCGGCGGCUGGGCGGUGGCGGCGGUUAGCGCGGCCAGGGGCCGUGACAGACCUGUCUGCCCAUCCCGGCCCGUCACGCGGUCAAUGAUAGCGCCCAGAGUCGAUCGCCCAGGAGUUGGCCCGUCCGCCCAGCCGCGCCGUUAGUGAUGACCGACUAGUCGUGAACCCUGUGAGCCGGCGAGGCGUGCUCAGGCGGGGCGCGCCUGGCCGGCUAGUCUGUGCCAUUUUAUACUUCGCCACCUGGUUGGCUGAUGUCGCGCCUUCAGUGGUCUUGUUCUGUGCCCGGUUGUGUGUGUAGAUGUGUGCUACUAACCUGUAACCUGCCAGUCAAAAUGGGUGUUUGUGGGAGGAGCGAACCGUCCAAUGCAUAAUACUGCAUCUGAUCUGCUUGAGAGCUUUGUGUGAUUGUGUGUCGCAUGUUUGUUUUUUUAUUUAAAUGGUUGGCUUUGUAGGAGCGCCUGUUUGAGUGCCAAGUGUGCACUGCCAGGCUUUACCAGCCCUAUCGCCGAAGUCUGUGCAAUGGCCGACUCCCCUGUGAUGAUCAAAUGCGUGUUACGUCGAGCUUUGUCGCGUUCACUGCCCGUUAGAAGUGGUAAAACACGGCACAUUUACCGUCAAGCUGGAAAUGUUUGAACGUUGCCUUAUCUGGAAUGGCGUACGGGCUCGGGUGACAUGUUUGUAUUUUCAGAAUUGUGAGCCUGACAUUUAUCUGCUGAGAAACCCAUUUAACCCAUUUGAUCCUACGAUAUAUCGUAUAUCUCGCUCUUGUUAUGCGCCCUGGAGAUUCUACACUUAUCCCCCCCCCCCCCCAACUAUGUUCGCAUCAGUUUUCACCUUCGCACGCCUGUUGGCCUGCCGAGCUCUGGAUCCAGAGUGGCAUCGACAAUUUUGUAACGUUCCCCUCUGUUCGCACGGCACAUCACGCCGUCAUUAUAUCAAAGUCCAUCCGGUGCGCCACACGUAUCUCACGUAGCAGUUCGUGACCGGCCGUGGUGAUUUCAUGUAGAGUCCCCAUCCUUUGUCACUGACGUGACCUCUACAAGUGUCAGCAGCCAGGGCGAGAGCCACGUGAUCGAAAUGAUAGCUGUGUAGGUAGUGGCGUGAACGGCUUUUACUGAGUGAAAUCUUUGAUAGCUGCGUCUGGCGGCGGAAGUGAGAAGUUUUGACACUUAUCUGACCGAGGUUUUACCCCCUACGGAGGGCAUUGUGUGCUUGUUCGACGUAUGUAGCGAUCUGGUGCUGUGCUUCUGUGAGCUGAGGGCCGACUGGGGCCGGCCGGCCGAGCGGUGUGUGCCUCUGGUGGCCGUCAGUCCCCGGCCUGUCCCACCGCACGACAGACAAGGUGCCCCACCGGGCACCGUCCUGUCCUGUCCUAUCUGACGGUAAUCCCGUGAUGGUGCGGCGGGACACCGGUGUUGUGGGUGAGCAACGACGAAAUACAAUGUGAACAGAACGAG